AUGUCCAACCUGGACCUUUCCCGCGGAGAACUACCUCAUGGAGCUAGAGGAAGCGUCUUCAUGGUGCCAUUUUCGGAUUUCGAAAGCUUUGAGUCCACCAGUGGCUUUGAAAGCUCCGAUUCAGAGUUCUUCCAAGACUCAGUAACUAAAAGGCGCCGUCAUGCUGUAUAUUACCACCGGCCCCCGGUUUGGUACCCUGCGCAUCAGACAGGAAGUCCGUCGAGUGCAUCUGGAGGCUGCAGCAGCGGUUGCUCAGGGCAAAUGUGCGGUGAAUGUGUGGCCGCUCAUGCUGGCAAUAUGCAAGAAGACACAUACUCCUGCAUAGUGGAUUGCUGUGAUGCCACGGCCGCCUUAGCAAUGACCCUGGCUGGUACGGAGACCGAAGCUUCGUCGCAGUCUGACCAACAGACCGGUCUGCCUUCGAAGACGUACCGUAGCUUGGGUUCGGCCGAUAAGCACACUUCGUCUGAUCGGAGAGUCCCCUCGGAGAAACCCCGUCCGAGUCGAGUGCUAUUGCAGAGUUCUGUCCGUCAGAAAGGAAUGGGAUUGUACACAGGCCUACAAUCCUACAAGGACACACGACUAGGACUGGGUGAGAAGUGGGAGAUACACGAAGGGUCCUUGGUCAUCUGCCUUGAUCCUGUGUACACCAUUUUAGAUCAUGAUAAGCCACGUCUGGACGAGUUUGAACUUGUAAGUGGGGAUAUCUUUGUUAUCUGCCGCCUCUAUGCCGAUUUGUGGGCUCUCUGUGCCAAAGCCUCGUCAGUACGGCCUGAGAGCGGUCCCAUCUCGCCCAUGAGACUUGCUUUCAUACCCCUCUGUGCGGUGACGCUAGCAGCAAACUUCAGCGCAUUCACCUCAAGGUGUACCGGCUAUACAGGCUGUGAGCCUGAUGAGCUUAGGUAUCCUGGUAAUGGGUUACCAGUUAUGCCGCCCCCACGGUCUUAUAGUCUCAGCGAUAGCAAGCAGGUGUACCGCGGGAAUCGACGUCACAUUGCAUUUCCGGAAGUGGUAUAUGAUACCUUCAACCGAGUAUCUUUGGAUUGCAUGGAUGUUGAAUUUGUACCGACAGACCCUCUUCCUCUGGAGACAGUAUUUUCCAACCUGACUGACCGAGGAAGCCGGCGACUACAUCGUCUAGGCAAUCGCAUGUCACUCCAAAAGCUUUGGAACGGCCCCAAACCACUUGCAAUAAGGGAUACCGAGAAUCGAUCAUUUCUUUCCACUCGUCGAAAACAAAGCGAGCGUAAUUCACACGAGGAACAGCGAAGCUUCUCUAGAACUCAGAGACUGAGAAACCUCGUCCGAGUUGUCCGAUAG